UUUGACUUGGUCGUGUGGUCUAUCCGGGAUCUCUCUGCUGGAGGUGAAGGAGCGUCUGUCCCCGCGCUGCCUCCGCUCUCAAUGGCCCUCAGGACCUAUUCCAUUUGAAUGUCUGGGCCCUUCGAGUGACCGAGGAUGGAUAUUCUGUGGAUGUUAUGGAUCGUACCGGCCGUGACGGUGGUGACGGCAGUGGAAGAGACGCUCAUGGACUCGACCACGGCCACAGCGGAGCUCGGCUGGACCGUCUACCCCGUGUCAGGCUCCAGCGACAACAGCUGGGAGGAGGUGAGCGGUUAUGAUGAGAACAUGAACACCAUCCGGACGUACCAGGUCUGCAAUGUGUUCGACAACAACCAGAACAACUGGGUACGGACAAAGUACAUCCGGCGCCGUGGGGCCCAGCGGAUCCACGUGGAGAUGAAGUUCUCGGUCAGGGACUGCAGCAGCAUCCCCAACGUACCGGGCUCCUGUAAAGAGACUUUCAAUCUGUACUACUAUGAAUCGGACGCUGACACGGCCACCAGAACCUCACCGGCCUGGAUGGAGAACCCCUGGAUCAAGGUGGACACCAUUGCAGCAGACGAGAGCUUCUCCCAGGUGGACCUGGGAGGCAGAGUGAUGAAGAUCAACACCGAGGUCCGGAGCUUCGGCCCCGUGUCGCGAAACGGCUUCUACUUGGCCUUCCAGGACUACGGAGGCUGCAUGUCGCUCAUCGCCGUCCGCGUCUUCUACCGGAAAUGUCCGCGGAUCAUCACGAACGGGGCGUUGUUCCAGGAGACGCUCUCCGGCGCAGAGAGCACCUCGCUGGUCGCUGCCAGAGGCGUUUGUAUCCCGAACGCAGAGGAGGUGGAUGUGCCCAUUAAACUGUACUGCAACGGAGACGGAGAGUGGAUGGUUCCCAUCGGACGCUGCAUGUGCAAGUCGGGCAACGAGGCUGUGGAGAACGGGACCGUGUGUCGAGCUUGUGCGUCCGGCUCCUUCAAGCCGACUCAGGGAGACGAGUCUUGUCUGCAGUGUCCCAUCAACAGCCGCACCACCAGCGAAGGAGCCAUCAACUGCGUCUGUCGCAACGGAUACUAUCGCACCGACUCUGAUCCUCUCCAGAUGCCGUGCACAACCGUCCCCUCGGCGCCGCAGACCGUCAUCUCCAGUGUGAACGAGACGUCCGUCAUGUUGGAGUGGACGCCUCCUCGGGACUCCGGCGGCCGCGAGGACGUCGUCUUCAACAUCAUCUGUAAGAGCUGCGGCGGCGGGCGAGGCGGCUGCACCCGCUGCGGGGACAACGUCCAGUUCCUGCCCCGUCAGCUGGGCCUGACGGAAUCCCGGGUCUACAUCAGCGACCUGCUGGCCCACACGCAGUACACCUUCGAGGUGCAGGCCGUCAACGGGGUGUCGGACCAGAGCCCCUACUCCCCCCAGUACGCCUCCGUCAACAUCACCACCAACCAGGCCGCUCCGUCCACGGUGUCGAUCAUGCACCAGGUCAGUCGCACGGUGGACAGCAUCACUCUCUCCUGGUCGCAGCCCGACCAGCCCAACGGCGUCAUCCUGGACUACGAGCUGCAGUACUAUGAGAAGGACCAGUCAGAAUAUAACUCGACCACCGUCAGGAGCCAGACCAACACGGUGGUCAUCCGAGGCCUGAGGCCGGGAAGCAUCUACGUGUUCCAGGUCCGAGCCCGGACCGUGGCCGGGUUCGGACGCUACAGCGGAAAACUGUACUUCCAGACCAUGACUGAGGAGGAAUACAACACCAGCAUUCAGGAGAAGCUUCCUCUCAUCAUCGGAUCAGCCGCCGCCGGCUUGGUCUUCCUCAUCGCUGUGGUCGUCAUCAUCAUCGUCUGUAAUCGGAGGCGUGGCUUCGACCGGGCUGAUUCAGAGUACACGGACAAACUGCAGCACUACACCAGCGGCCACAUGACUCCAGGAAUGAAGAUCUACAUCGAUCCGUUCACGUAUGAGGAUCCCAACGAGGCCGUGAGGGAGUUCGCCAAGGAGAUCGAUAUAACCUGCGUGAAGAUUGAACAGGUCAUCGGUGCAGGAGAGUUCGGCGAGGUGUGCAGCGGAAACCUGAGGCUGCCGGGGAAGAGGGAGAUGUUCGUGGCCAUAAAGACUCUGAAGUCCGGCUACACGGAGAAGCAGAGGCGGGACUUCCUAAGCGAGGCGAGCAUCAUGGGCCAGUUCGACCAUCCCAACGUCAUCCGCCUGGAGGGCGUGGUCACCAAGAGCAGCCCCGUCAUGAUCGUCACGGAGUUCAUGGAGAACGGGUCUCUGGACUCCUUCCUCCGACAAAACGACGGGCAGUUCACUGUGAUCCAGCUCGUUGGGAUGCUGCGCGGCAUCGCCUCCGGCAUGAAGUACCUCGCUGACAUGAACUACGUGCACCGCGACCUCGCCGCGCGCAACAUCCUGGUCAACAGCAACCUGGUGUGCAAGGUGUCGGACUUCGGCCUCUCGCGCUUCCUGGAGGACGACACGUCGGAUCCGACCUACACCAGCGCUCUGGGUGGGAAGAUCCCGAUCCGGUGGACGGCACCUGAAGCGAUCCAGUACAGGAAGUUCACGUCUGCGAGCGACGUGUGGAGCUACGGGAUCGUCAUGUGGGAGGUCAUGUCCUACGGGGAGAGGCCUUACUGGGACAUGACCAAUCAAGAUGUCAUCAACGCCAUAGAGCAGGACUACCGGCUGCCGCCGCCCAUGGACUGUCCCAGCGCGCUCCACCAGCUCAUGCUGGACUGUUGGCAGAAAGACCGGAACAAUCGGCCCAAGUUCAGCCAGAUCGUCAACAACCUGGACAAGAUGAUCCGCAACCCCAACUCGCUGAAGGCCAUGACUCCGUUAUCUUCAGGUGUUCACCUCCCGCUGCUGGACCGCAGCAUCCCGGACUUCUCCAGCUUCAGCACAGUGGACGAGUGGCUGGACGCCAUCAAGAUGGGCCAGUACAAAGACAACUUUGCCAGUGCUGACUUCACUACGUUCGAUGUGGUGUCUCAGAUGACCAUGGACGACAUCCUGAGGGUGGGUGUGACACUCGCAGGCCAUCAGAAGAAGAUCCUCAACAGCGUCCAGAUGAUGCGAGCUCAGAUGAACCAGAUCCAGUCGGUGGAGGUUUGACCCUCGGGAGUGGAGCAGAGGGGGCCGGCGUCGGGAUGCAGGUCUCUGGCUGCGGAGGAUGGAGUGGAUGUUUUAUUUUUUGCGUGACAGUGUGUCUGGUCUUCCCACCAGACGACCGUUCAUCCCUCGUUCCCCUCGCCACUCCCCUCUCUCCUCCUCUGACUCUCUCCAUCCUUGGAAUCUGAGGUCCAUGCGAUGAGGCGCCAGGGGGCCGACAGCCGACAGCCAACCCGCCUCUGGAGCCAGAACCACGGGAGUCAGACGUGACCAGCAAACGUAUUUUUCAAUCUUCCACUGAUUUUCAUUUGAUGUACAACAUUUAUUGUUUUGGUUUGUUUGUUCUGAUCAUUUUGUAAAGAUUUUUUUUUAAAGAAAAAAAGAGAAAAACUGAUAAAAGGCAAGAGUUUGUCUAAAUUAAUAGAUGAUAUAAGGUUGAACACUAGAUGAGCUGAGUAGGAAAGCUUCCCUUUAAAAGGGCAAAAAAAAAAGAAAAAGAAAGGACAAGAUGAGGAGAAGAGGACGAGUCCUGAACGAGUCCUGAACGAGUCCUGGACGAGUCCUGGACGAGUCCUGAACGAGUCCUGAACGAGUCCUGGACGAGUCCUGGACGAGUCCUGGUCGAGUCCUGGUCGUCGUCCGUGG